CCCCGGGCGUGUCGCUCUGUCACGCGGAACCUCCCCGCCUCCCGACGUCAGUCCGGUCACUACGCCGGCAGGAAUCGAGCUCAGACCACGAAGCCUCCUCUCGCCCCGGGACGUGAGAGUCACCGGCUUGGACCUCAGACCGCCGCGGUGUCCUCAUGACUUCUCUUGUGGACCAUGUCCAUGAUCUUUUUUGCCUGCGUGGUACGGGUAAGGGAUGGACUGCCCCUCUCGGCCUCUACUGAUUUUUACCACACCCAGGAUUUUCUGGAAUGGAAGAGACGGCUCAAGACUUUAGGCUUGCGACUGGCCCAGUAUCCAGGUCGAGGCUCUGCAGAAGGCCGUGACUUUAGUAUACAUUUUUCUUCUUUCGGAGACGUGGCCUGCAUGGCUAUCUGCUCCUGCCAGUGCCCAGCAGCCAUGGCCUUCUGCUUCCUGGAGACGCUGUGGUGGGAAUUCACAGCUUCCUAUGACACCACCUGCAUUGGCCUAGCCUCCAGGCCAUACGCUUUUCUUGAGUUUGACAGCAUCAUUCAGAAAAUGAAGUGGCAUUUUAACUAUGUAAGUUCCUCUCAGAUGGAGAGCAGCCUGGAAAAAAUUCAUGAGGAGCUCAAGUUGCAGCCUCCAGUGGUUCUCACUCUGGAGGACACAGAUGUGGCAAAUGGGGUGAUGAACGGUCACACACCAAUGCACUUGGAGCCUGCUCCUAAUUUCCGAAUGGAACCAGUGACAGCCCUGGGCAUCCUCUCCCUCAUUCUCAACAUCAUGUGUGCCGCCCUGAAUCUCAUUCGUGGAGUUCAUCUUGCAGAACAUUCUUUACAGGUUGCCCAUGAGGAAAUGGGAAACAUUCUGGCUUUUCUUGUUCCUUUUGUAGCCUGCAUUUUCCAGUGUUAUUUGUACCUGUUCUACAGUCCAGCCAGGACUAUGAAGGUGGUGGUGCUGCUGCUCUUUAUUUGCCUGGGCAACAUGUACCUGCACGGGCUGAGGAACCUUUGGCAAAUCCUCUUCCACAUAGGAGUGGCUGUUCUGUCUUCAUAUCAGAUACUAACAAGGCAGCUUCAGGAGAAGCAGUCUGACUGUGGAGUAUGAGGAUGACACUGUGGUGAAUGGAGUCCUUGAUUUUCUUUUGAGAAUCAAUCUAUGUUUCUCUUUCUGCUUCUCUACUUUACACUCCAGUUUCCACGCUUUUCAGCCAACUGGACUGAAGAAUGAGGAAUUGGGGAUGUUAAACAGUUGCAGUGGAAGUCAUGAGGCCGCUUGACACCCAGCCUUGGUUCUGUGCCGAGCGUGACUGCAGGGUCUCCAGUUCAGCACGUUGACUUAGGACAGCUGGAUCUGGGGCCUCAUCCAGAAAGAGCUUUACUGGAAGAGCCGAAAGGAAAUAUUUUGGUCUUUUAAAUUGAAUGAUACAGCAAACCGCUAGAUUCAGUAACACUGGUUUUAGUAAUUGGCAGUUGUCUCCAAGGAACCACUUUAAAAUCCAAAUCAGCUUCAGUCUAAAUAUAAAUUGGUUAGGUUUUUUUUUUUUUCUUUUUUUCCAGAGGGUCAGGACAGGGUGAAUUAAAAACCUAAAAAUAUGGUUUGUAAAUAUAAGCUUGAUAAAUUUUGUUUACAUUUUUUUGAUAUCUUAGGUUUGCUAUACCUUUGGAAUAUUUAAAUAUAUUUUGGAUAUAAUUUGGACUUCAUUUAGGGUGAGGGCAAACUUAAGCUGAGAAAAUGGUUAAGAAAUCUAGGUUAAUUUAAUUUAUAUGUGUAUCCUUUUAUGGUGGUGGGACCGUGUGGGUACAGAAAUGUUAUGUAUUUAUUUGCAGGAUAUAUCUUAAUACUUUUCAAAUUAAAUGAAAAACCAGUACUACUAGAUGAUAAGUUUAUCAGCAUGAGCAGAAAUGAGAAUUUCAGGAUUCUUCACGAUCGGCCACAGCCUAGAGUAGAUGAACAUGGGCUCAGUGGCACUUUACAGACCCGCUGGAGUUGCUGCUCUCAUCAGCCUUUUCAGUAGAGCUGAGUGCCUGUUCUAAUGAUGACGACUCCUGUACCCUGUGUAUGGGUUCCCAGAGCGCCUCCAAAAGUAAUCACUCCUCUGCAUCUUUCCCAGUCAUCUUAAUUAGCUUGAGGGCCCCAUUUUUGAUGAACAAGAAUUAAAUAGCUGUUAACUUUUUAAAGCUUUAUAGAGGUAUAAUUAACACAUACUCUGGAAAGUUACUUUCUUUAUCAAAAAAUUGAUUGAUUAUAGUUUUCCAAAAUAUGGUUCUGGAUAAGAUCCCUUAGGUCUCCUAGAAUUUCACCUGGCUUGUUUAGUGCCACUCAGGAGGCCAUUUUGGGAGUUUGCUGUUUGGAUUGCUUUUGGUAGAAGUCUGGAAUCUGAAUAGUUCAACCACAGUUGCAUGGAACACUUUUAGUUGAAUUAUGUAGUCUUGAUACGUUUUUUAAAAAUCCUAUUUUGAUAGUUUUUAAAAGUGGAAAACCAUUACAAGAGCUGAGUAGAUAGGGAAGGUAAGAACGUAGUUUUAGAAAGUUCAAUUGUAUUUGGUUAUCACUGGUAUUGUUAUUGAGCUACCUUGGUAUCAUUUUAAGAAAAACGAAUUUAUAUACUGGGAACUAUGUUGGGAAAAUGUUGCCAUAGUAACUUUAUUUUUUAUAACAGAAUUUUAUAUUUUUGGCCAAACAUAGAAUAUCUGGAUAUGGGCCGGGAACGAUGGCUCAUGCCUGUAUUCCCAGUACCUUGGAAAGCCAGAGCAGGACAAUCAGUUGAGGCCAGUUUGGACCAACCUGGAAAACAUAGUAAGACCCAUCUCUACAAAAACAAACAAACAAACAGCAACAAAAGAAUUAGCCAGAUGUGAUGGCACAUGCCUGUAAUCACAGCACUGUGGGAGGCUGAGGCAGGAAGAUCCCUGGAGUCCAGGAGUUUGAGGCUCCAGUGAGCUGUAAUCACACCACUGCCCCCCUGGCCUGUGUGUCAGAGUGAAACCCUGUCUAAAAAAGCCUGGAUAUGAGGAUUAUAUUGGCAGCAUACUCAGACAUAAACUCCAACGUUGUCUCUCCAUUGAUUUCACAUCUGCAUAAUUUUCUGCAUGCCCAGCAGGUGAAUUUUCAGUCUUUCUGGGAGACAGUUUUGAGAGAUGGUGAAAUAAAAUGGGAAGUUAAGGAGGGGAAGAAAAUCAUUUUAAAUGAGAAGCACAAAAAAGCUUUAAAGUCGAUAAGAACAGCUUGAAAAUGGACUGUUUUCUUUUUAAGCCAGUGUGGCACUGGGUUGCCGUGUAGACCUGUAUCCCGGGUACUUUGGGCAUCUGAGCCUAUGAUCCAUAUUCAGCAGGCGGUAAAGAAACGGUCCUUGAAGAUGAGUCCUUCAUGGUAAUGCUUCCUGACCUCUGAGGCACUACCUGAGAUGUUAUCCACACCAGGUCAAAUGUGUGGAUAUCUGUUAACAUCUGUAUGGGGUGAGAUUGACUUUUGCAAACAAAACGGAAAAGAUGCACUAGGAAAACAGUACAAAUAAUGACCACAACAACAUUGUUUGACUGAAAUCCCGCUAGCUAAAAGAAUCCUCAACUCACUGAAGGAGAGACUGAUAAUAAGAAACAAGUUCUGGUGAUUUCAUCCAGGGGAAUCCCCAGGCUUAGGUUUGUCUUGGUUCCGGGUCAGAGGUGUUUAACCUCCUGUGUGAUCCUCCCUACCAGCAAACUGGUUCCAAAUCCCAGGAGCUUUCUCCCCCAACCACGGACUCACUGUUGUAGCACUUUUGUUUUCCCGGUGGUUAAAUGCUACCUGUGCAGCUGACCUCACUGGGCUAGAUCUGGGAAUAGAUGAAAUAAUGUUGAAAACAAAACUUUAAAGGUGCCUUCUGGUAUCAGAUGCUGCAAGGCCUUGAGCAUCAGAGUGUGUUAAGUCCCAGCUACUGUACCAGGGCCAGAGUAUGGCUCAGUUCUCUUAGGAAGGGUUUCCCAACCAAGGGGCCAAAGCCCAAAAGGUUUCCCCUUCCGUAGUAUGCUAGUGAAGGAAACAUGUAAGCCUGUUUUCCCCCAUUAGGCUAGACUUACUGUGAUGAGGACUGUGCCUGGGUUUCCUUUUCCUGAGUGGAGACAGCGGGGGCAUACUUGGGUGGCAUUCCCUCUCAGUACCAGAGGCCCCACUGCCUGCAGCAGGAGGCAUGUGACUGUGAGCUCCUGGUUUUGCUUUUUGGGCUUGCAUCCCUCUUUUCUGUGAACUCUGGAGAAUGUUGAAAUUAAAACAUUUUGAUUAAAUGA